AUCAAUCUCGAAUUUCUUACAGCAGACGCCCUUUUCUUUCUGAUCUGGAUCCUCCGGUGCCGCUCGCCUCACAUCAACACCGUCGCCGUGCAUUUCGCAUUUCUUUCCAUCAUUAUUCCGAUUAUCCGCACCAACCGGCCACCGCACUGCGCAGCCAUCGAUUAUGUCUCGAGGCGGACGAGGAGGUGGCGCCGCAGGGCGUAUGAAAGACUUGCCUUUCGAGGUUGAUACCGCACUCGAGGACCAGAUUACCGCGUACACCGACGGCCUGAACGAGGACGAUGAAAAGAUACUCUAUCCUGACAUGAAAAUUCAUCAUGCUCCUCCACCGACUGCACGCGAAAGAAAAUUGGUCAACAAGUGGCGCGAGAUCCGAGAAGCCAGACGGAAUGGACCAUUCUUCAUCGACGCUCCGCGCACCGGCAAGCGCGACCCAGCUGAGUUCAAUGCCUUUGAGGAUGUCGAUUCGUAUUCCAGCAAGCGAGUCAAGCGGACAGGAGGCCUUCACAGUCUGAAGAACGUGGGAAUUGUCAAAGAGCUAUUACCAGAAGAGCUGUGGAGCGUCGUCGACGAUGGCGAAGAAGUCGUCGAGGGUGCUGCAGCUCCGAAGAAAAACAACCUCGCCUUCCUCAAGAAGCGUCGUCUCGACAAACUCGCCCGUUUCGAUGAUGGCGCAGAAGUCGACCUCACCGCCGACAUCAACGACGACGACGAGGACAAGAAUGCGGAUGACGAAGGUGCAGAUGCGCCGGAAGCGCUCGAGGAUGAUGACUUCACCGAGGACGACGACGAUUUGGGUGACGAUUAUAAUGCUGAGAAGUACUUCUCGGGUGGUGAGAACAACGAAGACGAUGGAGGUGGCGACGAUGGAGGUGGUGAAGAACCUUGGUACGAAUUGCACAAUUCUACCGGUCCUGAUCCCAAGAAUCGGGCUAACGAGCAGUGGGACAACCUCGAGACGCUGCUGUUGGGCAAAGCCAAGAAAGAGCGGGCUGCUUCCAGGAAAGCGAGAUCUGCUGAUGAUGCUGUCGAGAAUGCCGAUGAUCAGGACGUCGAGCCGGACUGCUUCGACGGUGAGGACGACCUGGAUGACGGCGAACCGUGGUAA